ACCGCCUGGCUGUAACUUGUGUCUUUAAGGGUGCCCAUAGUCACUGUUUUACUUAACGAUCAACACAUAGAGGGAACACUGGCGAUGUAGCUCAGCUGGAAGAAUGCUUGCUGAGCUCUGCCCACAGAACCACAUAAGCUAGGCAUAGCGGAGCGUGCCUGUAAUCCUAGCACUUGGGAGGUAGAGGCUGGAGGAUCAAGAGUUCAGAGUCAUUCUUUACAACACAGGGGAUGUAAGGUCAAACUGGUCUACAUGAGACCCUCAGAGUGGGAAAGAAGCCUGUCUAAAGUGUGUGGUCGAACUCAAGUUCAUCCUCGGGGCCGCUAAGUGAUGCUACCAACUGCUAACCCAGUUUUACUUGUUAAUUCAGAGUGGGUACAUGCCGUCUAGGGCUACAGGAGCUGAUAGGUGCCUUUAAUACUGUCCAACAGCACGGGUUGGAUCUCCAAAGGAGGAGAGUCCGGAGCAUGUUAAAACUCAGAUUGAAGCAGGAGACCAAGUGCAGAAGGGUCACAGGUCGGGGUGGAGAAGGAAGAGAACACAAACCAGUCUCUGUAUUGGCCUGUGCUGCACCCCAGGAGCUGCCUGAAACCAGCCCUCAAGAGGCUUUAGCAUUAGGGACAGACAUAGAGGACUGCCAGACAGAGCGGGAUAGGCCCCGCUCUAGAGGCUGGUCUGGGACGCUGAGUGCCUAUCGAGAGAGAACCUUCGCCAGACGGCGGGACUGCUGGUUCUCUGACAGGUAGAAGACAAUCAGAGACGCCCACCCACACGCCCAGACAGCAUGAUUCUCUUCAACAAUACAGAAGUUUUGUGAACUCUGGGCUGCCCUUGCAGCCUUGGAAACCAGCGGUAAGCCACCAGCAGCAGGUGGGGUGUGCCUUAAACUACCAUUUCAGGUGAAAUGCUCUUCUGAUUGUAGAGCUGUCUGUCUGUCACUGUUCUGCUCUGGGCAUCAUCUGGCACGCGGUGACAGAGAAGCCUCCUCCGUCAGCACAAAGGGCGGAGAGAGUUAUCACUGAGCCGGUGACAGCCAUGGUGAAUGCAAUGAAUUACCCUAUGAGAAAUUGAUCAGUUGCUACUUUCUGUAACCAUUACGCUUGCUUUGUACCUUGAAGAGUCUCAGUGCCUCUGCCUCUGCUCCUCCACCCCUUCACGGUGGAUGACAUUUAUUCAUUUUAUGCAUCCUGGCUUCAGCUGGCCAUCCUGCCUCAAUUCCUGUAGCAAAGGCACUGGAGUCUGAGCCACUAAUUACCACAGUGAGGUUUCCUCCCCAAACAGGAAGUCUCUGGCAGAAUUGCUCUCUCAGGGCCCUCUCUAACUGAGCAUCAGUCACCCCUCCCAGGCCAGUCCUGUGGCCAGCUGUAGGCAGGCAAGCUGAGAGGGGAGGUGUCCCAGUCACCCACACCCUGGAAGGCCCGUGGCCGCCCUCCUUCUGAAAAACCACAGUCAGUUUGCUGAAGGUGGACGCUUCAUGGCUUGCAGCAGCAGGGCUGUCUAGGGACUCUAAAACUUCAGAGCUUGCCUGGAGGCCAGAUGUCGCAGCCGCCUGUUGCCACCGGUGCCACCGCCAUGUCGGGGGAGAUGGACAAGCCGCUGAUCAGUCGCCGCCUGGUGGACAGUGAUGGCAGCCUGGCCGAGGUCCCCAGCAAGGCCCCCGAAGUGGGCAUCCUGGGCAGUGGGGAUUUUGCCCGCUCCCUGGCCACGCGCCUGGUGAGCUCUGGCUUCAGCGUGGUGGUGGGGAGCCGUAACCCCAAACGCACGGCCGGCCUCUUCCCCUCGGCAGCCCAAGUGACUUUCCAAGAGGAGGCUGUGAGCUCUCCUCAGGUCAUCUUUGUGGCCAUGUUCCGGGAGCACUAUCCCUCCCUGUGCUGCCUUGGUGAGCAGUUGGCCGGCAAGAUCCUAGUGGACGUCAGCAACCCCACGGAGAAGGAGCAUCUGGAGCACCGCCAGUCUAACGCCGAGUACCUGGCCUCGCUCUUCCCUGCCUGCACUGUGGUCAAGGCCUUCAACGUCAUCUCUGCAUGGGCCCUACAGGCUGGCCCAAGGGAUGGGAACAGACAGGUCCUCAUCUGCAGUGACCAGCUGGAAGCCAAGAACACUGUCUCCGAGAUGGCACGUGCCAUGGGUUUCACACCCCUGGACAUGGGAUCCCUGGCCUCAGCCAGGGAGGUGGAAGCCAUACCCCUGCGCCUCUUCCCUUCCUGGAAGGUGCCCACCCUUCUGGCCCUGGGGCUCUUUGUGUUCUUCUAUGCCUACAACUUCAUCCGGGACGUCCUGCAGCCGUACGUGCAGAAGAACGAGAACAAGUUCUACAAGAUGCCCUUGUCUGUGGUCAACACCACACUACCCUGCGUGGCUUACGUGCUGCUGUCCCUGGUGUACCUGCCUGGUGUGCUGGCAGCCGCCCUCCAGCUGAAGAGGGGGACCAAGUACCAGCGCUUCCCGGACUGGCUGGACCACUGGAUGCAGCAUCGCAAGCAGAUCGGGCUGCUCAGCUUCUUCUUCGCGGUGCUGCACGCUCUCUACAGCUUCUGCCUGCCGCUGCGCCGCUCCCACCGCUACGACUUGGUCAACCUGGCUGUGAAGCAGGUCCUAGCCAACAAGAGCCGCCUCUGGGUUGAGGAAGAAGUCUGGCGCAUGGAGAUAUACCUGUCCCUGGGCGUGCUGGCCCUGGGUGCGCUGUCCCUGCUGGCUGUCACCUCACUUCCGUCCAUUGCCAACUCGCUCAACUGGAAGGAGUUCAGCUUCGUGCAGUCCACGCUGGGCUUCGUGGCCCUGAUGCUGGCCACGCUGCACACGCUCACCUACGGCUGGACCCGUGCCUUUGAAGAAAACCACUACAAGUUCUACCUGCCGCCUACGUUCACGCUCACGCUGCUCCUGCCCUGUGUGGUCAUCCUGGCCAAGGCCCUCUUCCUCCUGCCCUGCCUCAGCCGCAGACUCACCAGGAUCCGCAGGGGCUGGGAUAAAGGCGGGGCUGUCAAGUUCAUGCUGUCUGCUGACCACACACAGGGCGAGAAAACAAGCCAUGUGUGAGGCCCCGGAAAUGGAGACAGGCCCAGCUUGUGGGGGCCCGGAGCUGAUAUCAGGACUCUUUUCUGGAUGCUGCAAAUGGACUGAUGAUAUAUCUGCAUAGAUGGCUGAGAUCCAAAUUCCUGGGACGCAGGUGAACAUCACAAUAUUCAGAAUGACACACCAUGGGUGUGAUAUGUAUUCACAUAGAUUUCAUAUAUAAUAGGAUUUGCUAUUAUUCUUACUUAACUGAAAGGGUAGGUCCCUAUAUUUCAACUUAUGUAUUUCAAAGCAAGUGCCACACAUUAGACAGCAGAUCCCAUCCUUGUGACAUUUGCAGAGGCAGACACACAGUUGGUGUAGGAGAGAUUUGUAUGUGUUGGGUUCUAGCCUUUAAUCUCUGUCCUCUAUAUCCCCUGUUAGCGACAUCCUAAAGUUGGUGCAGAGCUGGGCUAAGAGCUGCCCCAGGCGCAGCCUACCCCACAUCCCAGGGCUAAGAAGGAGGUCCUGAGUGUACAGAGGGGCAGGGUACAGACCCUCCUGCUUCCCUGGGCAUGUGUGGGAGGCUCACCAGGAUCCCCUGGAAUCCAUGUUGGAGCUUUUGCCGGUCUGUCCUUUCUCCAGGGAAGGGUCUGAAGCUGCCCCAUCUGAUCUUAGCUGGGCUGAGGAGGUUGCCCCUCCUCCCUGAAAGUUCAGAGUCACCGUGGAGCCUGCAAAUUGCUCCUUCUGAGAAGGUGUGAAGUCACCUCCUCGCCAGAGCCAUUAAUGAAGCUGAUCUUUAGACGUAUAAUUGUUCUCCCUCCAUUAAGUUGGUGGUGACCCGCCUUCAAACCACUGUGCCUUCUCACCUUUUCUGUCAUUAAUCUGGGCAUCUCCCUGGAAGGCGUGGAGUAGACUCCUGUCAGAGCAGCCCGAGGUGGGGGGUGCGGGGCAGCGGGCAUCAGAGCUUGCAGAGAAUAACCAGUCAAACCAGCCCCUUGGAUGCACCCCUGGACUGGGGGACUGCCUUCGUAACAUUGGUCCCUAAGGAGAAUAACAGGGACCACUUUUGGUUUACUCUGUUGCCUAUGGGCAGAUAGCCUCCUUUCUAAGUACCCAGAAACCUCACUGUCUCCAUGCUCCUCCUGGGGACACCACAGCCCCCCUAGCCCAUGCUUUUGUCUUCCUCCGUCUCAGUUACAAUCAACCACCAAAGUCUGAAUAUUAUUUUUUGAAUUCUUGAAGAGACCAUAUUCUCAUUUUAUUAUAAUAGUUAUAGUCGCCCUUUGUUGACAUUUCUCUUA